UACAGUUUUUGUUCGUGAUUGCUUCCGCUCUCGUUCCGCGUUUCGCUAUUCCGCUGCAUAGGUUUGCAUCCUUAGCAAUUUUGGUUCCAAAAUUCAUUGCGAGUACUGAAAAUAUAUAAUUCAUGUCACGCAUACUAUAGAAUUUUAGUACUGGCAGUGAAUUUCGGAACGCAGCCCUAGUUUAGUAUAGACAUCUGUGACCAUGCAUAGGGUGUGUUCCGAGUUGCGCAUGAAGCGCGUAUUUCCUACAGUAUAUGUAACAUAAACUAUAGAUAAAUGCGCGCAUAUGCGUAACACGUAUAUACACGUAUAAUACGUGCAUUCAGGUAUAUACAGAAAUGGUUGUCAGUCAGAACGCGAAUAUGGCUGUCGUAGGAUCGAUAGAGGAGUGUGGGGAUUGAAUUUAUCCCAUGUCUUCGCGUCUACGACUCCUCGCGGGACGCGACCUUGCGAUCGUCGUCCGUAAACGUAUAACACCGUCGAAUGCGGCACACAUACGAGAGAGCAGAUUGUUCCGUGCGCCCGUGCACCGCGCACCACCACCGACGCUGUUCAGCUGAUCGGUGCAUGACAGGUGAAAGUGUUCCGGAUAGCUGUCGACCCGUGAAGACGCGAGGCUGACUCACGUUUAACACGAUGCAUCAAGCCAGAUGGUUCGCUUGUGGGGAGAGAUCGGCCGUAUCAAAAGUUCCUAAUGUAAACUUAGAUUUCUCCCUUUUCUUUGAUUAUGCACACUUUAAUAGUGCUUGCAUAAUUCUUGCUACAGCCUGUGUCACAUUUACUGAUGCUCAUUGAGGAGAGACAGACAGCUCUAAUAUGCACAUUUGGAAUUUUCUUCCUCUGCCACAUACUCAAGGUGGGAUAAUACGUAACAGUUCACUGUUUCACUGUAUCCUGUUGAUGACGUUCAUCGAGGGACAACAUUUUUUUAACGACCACAUCUCUAAUAUGGGCGUUGGAAGCUUUCUGUUUAAUGUUACAUAUGGUGCAACGUCGUCUGUGUAACAAUCUGCAAUAGUCUGUAGUUUAGGCGCGUACCACAUUUGAUACUCAUUGAGGGAGAGAUCGCGUUCUUCUCAACAACGGUGGUUCUAAUAUGGACGGUUUGGAACUCGUUCUGUUUGCCGUCGUUACAUUCAUCUGCGGUAUAAUAUAUACCCUGGCGUUGGAGUUUUAUCUGUUCAGAAGGUACCUCGCCUCGGGGCGUCAGGUUGCUUCGCCGCAAAGGCAGCUACAUCAUGACAAGGCGCAGUUACCUAAGGAGCUGGUGGAGCAGAUGCAGGAGGAGCGGACGAACUGUAAUAACAGCAUGACACGUCAGGCGUUGUCUCAGGGCAAUGAGAACUUGGCCAUCAAUCUCACGCUACAGUUCCUCUUCAACGAACUGCGAAAUGCUGAGCGAGUGCGUCUCUGGCUUUACAGGAAGUUGAAUAACGAGUUCAAAGAGCUGUUGACGCAGUCUACCACCGGCAAGCUGCUGGAUAGCGUAAAAUUGAGAGACUUAAACCUCGGCACGCAAUUUCCCAUGAUCAAGGGUUUGGAGGUCGCCGACUCAAAAAUCGACGCCGACACGGGUCUAUUGGAGUCUCUGGAUUUGGCCUUAGAUUUACAUUACUCAGGAAACUUUCAAUUGUCUAUAGAUGUUAAGAUGCUGCUAGGCAAAACAGCAUAUAUGGCAUUGCAAGUGAAACGUAUCAGCGGUAAAGCCAGACUACAAUUCACUCGUGUGCCGUAUACACAUUGGUCCUUGAGCUUCUAUUCGGAUCCGAUUUUGGAGCUCGAGGUGCAGUCUCAAUUCCAAGGCCGUCAGUUACAACCGCAAAUAAUCUCGCUCAUUACUAGCCAGAUUAGGCGGGCGAUGAGACGGAAACACACUCUACCUCGUUACAAAAUGCGCUACAAGCCGUUCUUCCGAAGAUUGAACGACGAGGCCGUGGAUCUUUCAGAGGUCGCCAGUACGCAGCUCACCCCGGGAUACUUGGAGGUCGUGUUGCUCGAAAUCAGCAGACUGAAUAUCGCACCCAUCAUACUUAAUAGCGAGGAUAUCUCUCAGGUGGAGGUGUACUGCAGCAUGAGCGUAGAUUCUACGCCGUGGGUAUAUUUGGCGCAGUACAGUGGCGUCCCAUACAUGGUGCUGGAUCUGAUCAUCAGUAAGACUGGUUCUCAGCAGCUGGGUGUGGUGUUCAAGCAAGAGAUCGUACCGGAGGUCGGUCAAGUGUGCGUGCUAGUGGAGACGAUAGUGUCCGGCAGUCCGGCGGCGAUCGCCGAAAUGAGGAAAGGAGAUAUCCUGGUGGCAGUAGACGGCAAGAAGGUGUCGAAUAUGAAUCAGGUAGCGAAAUUCGUCAAAUCCGCUGUGCAACGGCGCUUCAUCAUCCGAGUAGAAAGGCGAUAUUCCAAGUUAGACUCUGAGAGACAGAGCGGCGCCAAGAUGGACAGUGAAAAAACGUCUUUCGUUGAGAGGAAGGCGUCGAAGAGCGAUUCCGUAGGCAAAGUAGAUAGUCCGAGCGCAGAGGACGCCGGGAAAAUGAAGUUCGAGACGCAGAUUAAGUUCUCCGAUCUGCGGGAUUCGGAUUGUGAUCUUAGCGAUUCUCGAUCGGACACCAGCAAGUUGUUCAAAAGAAGAAAGAGCAGUGUGCAAGCGGAGGACGUCGCCCAGACGCCUGACACCACACCGUCUCGACGGAUUUCCACCAUUUCCACAUUGUCCGCGGCGUCCAGCAACGUGCAGUUUUAUUUACCCGACGAGAAUUACAGCAUAGCCGAUUUGCAUUACAACACAAGGGAAAAGCCGUACGCCUCUCUGAUCACGUUUGAAGAAACCAAGAGCUUCCGGAUUGAUUCCGAGCUGCAAUAUUUGAACGUGGGCGUAUGGGGACGCGUGAAAGGAGGCGAGACACCCCCGAGACUUCUGGGCUACAUAAACGCACCUAUUAAAUUGAUCUUGGCGCAAUGCUGCACGUCUACGACUGGGCAUUACUUGAAAUGUCAUGCAUUGUUGCCGCCGGACAGCGCUUCUUUAGCGACAUCCUAUGUAAGACUGCAAGGCUAUUCGGGAUUCGACCCGACACUCUGUUACGGCGACAUUUUGCUAUCGUACGUAUGGGAAUCCUGUCAACCGAGCGAUCAAGCGGUUAAUGAUACUGGUAAGAAGGAGAACGCGGAAACUGCCAAAAUUCAACCGAUACUGAACGAAGAAGUCGCUGACAGAAAAGUGCAUGACUUCAUCAGAACGCACUUUCACAGGGCGACACACUGCGACUUUUGUACGAAGAAGAUAUGGCUGAAAGACGCAGUGCAGUGUCGAGAUUGCGGUAUGGUGUGUCACAAGAAAUGUGAAGCUCGCUGUCAGGCGUCCGGCACUUGCGGUGCGGAGAGCCUGGCCACACUGGCGUUGGAAGCUGAUGAGAUCGAGCCGAAUGCUAUUAUCGGGGACAUUGGUCCGGAGAUCUCUCUGACCGGGUGUGAAGAUAACGUACAGGGCGCAAGUAUGAUGGCCGUGAAGGCUAGUAUAGCUAACACUCUGUUGGGCCUGAAGAAGGCUGGAAGUACCAGUUGCCUGGCCCCACUGGCUUCCGGUAUCGGCCUGGCAUCUCGAAGUCUUCCCCCAAGUCCCUGUGCAUCCCGCAAGAGUUCAUUGGCUGGAGGUCUGGGAAUAAGUCCUGACCUCUUGGAGGGUGCUGAGCCAACUGUUGCAGCUCCACUUAUGGCUGGUGAUCUGGACGACGGUCUCAUGUCGAGAGCGAAGGACACCGGCAAGUUUCUGUAUAAGUACUUGGAGCCGCGAGAGCGCGUGGAAAAGAUCAACGUAAUGAUGGGCAAAUUGAAAAACGCGCUGGACGCUGAAACUACCUCAAGAUUAGAACUAUCGCAGAACGGAGAUGCAGAUAGCAUGAAACUGAUCGCGCAAAGCGACCUGCGGGUGCAAGCGUUGAGUGUUCUGCUUCUGCAUUACUGCGCCGGCCUGCAGCACGCGCAAGAGGCGUUGGACCGGUCAGAAACUAACACAGAAUCUUAA